AUGUUACGAACGAAGUCUAUCUUGGCGACCUUGCUAGCCUUGAACUUUCUCUUCGACGGAGCCUACGGGGUUCUCGGAAUGUUCCAGCAAAAGAGAGCCAUCGGCUAUGCCACCAUUCCCGAAGAAGUGGCUCUGCGCAUCAAUGAAGAUAACAAGCUACUUGAAGUACCAUCCGGAUCAAAGACUCAAUUAGGACCUGGUCUUUACCUGGUAAACCAUUUUCGUCGCUUGACGCCUAAAAAAGGGGAUUGGUAUUGUGCUGUCAAAGCGGAUGCGGAAAAGGUACAAUCUAUCAGCAAAGUCUACAUCCCGAAAUCUUAUGUUGCACACCCUCGGAAAAGGCCACAACCAUUAUGGUACGCAGGCGAAGAUGUCAUCAUGGAUUACCUCAUGACGUUAGAAUUGAUGAACGAGCCCCGGCCUUCCCAAGCGCUGCGCUUCUCGUGGGUUUCGGAUAAGUAUGCGCAGAUGCAAAUGCUUAUCCCAGAUAGCGCGAUAGAUAAUCAGGAGGCUUUGGAACUGUGGGCCGAAUGCUUUGAGACGGAAGAAGAGCUAACACAUUUUGCGCAAGAUGAAGACUUCAUCAAUUGGGAGAAUAAGGAAGAAUGGAAUAUCAUGGGAGAUCGUGGACUACCGGAGCUCUGA